CCCGCAGGACCCGCGCCGGCUGGAGGGCGUGGGGAGGCCGCCCCCGCCGAGACGGGAAGUGAGUGCCGGCCCCGCGCGCCAGCACCAGCUGUCCCAGGCCCCACAGCCGCGCGCAGUAUGGCGGCCGCCAAGGUGGCUUUAACGAAGAGAGCGGAUCCAGCUGAGCUUAGAACAAUAUUUUUGAAGUAUGCAAGCAUUGAACAAAAUGGUGAAUUUUUUAUGUCUCCCACUGACUUUGUCACUCGGUAUUUGAAUAUUUUUGGAGAAAGCCAGCCUAAUCCGAAGACUGUGGAGCUGUUGAGUGGUGUGGUGGAUCAGACCAAAGAUGGAUUAAUAUCUUUUCAAGAAUUUGUAGCAUUUGAGUCUGUCCUGUGUGCCCCGGAUGCUUUGUUUAUGGUGGCCUUUCAGCUGUUUGAUAAAGCUGGCAAAGGAGAAGUUACCUUUGAGGAUGUUAAGCAGGUGUUUGGACAGACCACAAUUCAUCAACAUAUUCCAUUUAACUGGGAUUCAGAAUUUGUACAGCUACAUUUUGGGAAAGAAAGAAAAAGGCACCUGACCUAUGCAGAGUUCACUCAAUUUUUGCUGGAAAUACAGCUGGAGCAUGCAAAGCAAGCUUUUGUGCAGCGUGACAGUGCCAAGACUGGAAGAGUCACAGCCAUUGACUUCCGAGACAUCAUGGUCACCAUCCGCCCCCAUGUCUUGACACCAUUUGUAGAAGAAUGUCUAGUCGCUGCUGCUGGAGGUACCACAUCCCAUCAAGUUAGUUUCUCCUAUUUUAAUGGAUUUAAUUCGCUUCUUAACAACAUGGAACUCAUUAGAAAGAUCUACAGCACUUUGGCUGGCAACAGGAAAGAUGUAGAAGUAACCAAGGAGGAGUUUGUUCUGGCAGCUCAGAAAUUUGGUCAGGUUACACCCAUGGAAGUAGACAUCUUGUUUCAGUUAGCAGAUUUAUAUGAGCCAAGGGGACGAAUGACUUUAGCAGAUAUUGAGCGAAUUGCUCCUUUGGAAGAGGGAACUCUGCCCUUCAACUUGGCUGAAGCCCAGAGGCAGCAGAAGGCCCUGGGUGAUUCAACUCGGCCAGUUCUCCUACAGGUUGCAGAGUCAGCCUACAGGUUUGGUCUGGGUUCCAUUGCUGGAGCUGUUGGAGCCACUGCUGUGUAUCCUAUAGAUCUUGUAAAAACUCGAAUGCAGAACCAGCGAUCAACUGGCUCUUUUGUGGGAGAGCUCAUGUAUAAAAACAGCUUUGACUGUUUUAAGAAAGUGCUACGCUAUGAAGGCUUCUUUGGACUGUACAGAGGUCUGUUGCCUCAGCUAUUAGGAGUCGCCCCAGAGAAGGCCAUAAAACUUACAGUGAAUGAUUUUGUGCGGGACAAAUUUAUGCGCAAAGAUGGUUCGAUCCCAUUUGCAGCAGAAAUUCUUGCUGGAGGCUGUGCUGGAGGCUCACAGGUGAUUUUUACAAAUCCUUUAGAAAUUGUCAAGAUCCGUUUGCAGGUGGCUGGAGAAAUCACCACUGGUCCUCGGGUCAGUGCUCUGUCUGUUGUACGAGACCUGGGGUUCUUUGGCAUCUAUAAGGGUGCCAAAGCCUGCUUCCUGCGGGACAUUCCUUUCUCUGCCAUCUACUUCCCAUGUUAUGCCCAUGUGAAGGCUUCCUUUGCAAAUGAAGAUGGGCAGAUUAGCCCUGGGAGCCUGCUGUUAGCUGGGGCCAUAGCUGGUAUGCCUGCAGCAUCUUUAGUGACCCCUGCUGAUGUUAUCAAGACUAGAUUACAGGUGGCCGCCCGUGCUGGCCAAACCACUUACAGCGGAGUGAUAGACUGCUUCAGAAAGAUACUGCGGGAAGAAGGCCCAAAAGCUUUGUGGAAAGGAGCUGGUGCUCGUGUAUUUCGAUCCUCACCCCAGUUUGGUGUCACUUUGCUGACUUAUGAAUUGCUACAGAGAUGGUUCUACAUUGAUUUUGGAGGAGUAAAACCUGUGGGAUCUGAGCCAGUUCCUAAAUCCAGGAUCAUACUGCCUGCUCCUAAACCUGAUCAUGUUGGAGGCUACAAACUGGCAGUUGCAACAUUUGCAGGGAUUGAAAACAAAUUUGGACUUUACCUACCUCUCUUCAAGCCAUCAGUAUCUACCUCAGUAUCCACCUCAAAAGCAGGGAAUUAAAGGAGGGCUGAGCCCAGGACACUGAGCUGAGUGGUCCAUACUGCAGUAAGAAUACCUCGUCCUGGAUUGAAGCAAGGCUUCAUUUCUUUCCUAUCCAUCUCAUUUAAAUUCACAUCCAGGCUUUUUAUUAAGUGAAAUCACUCAUUAUCUAUAUGUUUUCUUAACCAGAUCAUUGUGCAGUUAUUUCUGAUUAUUCUCUGGACCUCUGCCCACAAACCUGUGUUUGUAUCUGACAUUUGCUGGAAUUGGGUUGAUACUAUCAUGAUUUGGGAGAAAGUCUGAACAGAAAUUUGGGCUCCCCUUCUUGGGUAGGGAUGAUGAUCUCAAAGAGGCUACUGAAAGACAAGCAUGGUUCCUGGAGCAAAGUGUUCUGGGUAUGUUUAAACUGAUAGAAAACUUGGUACAUAUUUAUAAAAAUGAAAAAAAAAUUGGAAGAAAUGGAAAAAAAUCAGAAAUAGCCAGUUGGAUUCAAAUUUUAAACAUGCACAAAUUUUGUCUCUGGAUUAUAUUAUGAAGGUUUUAUGUGAAACAUGUUUUCUUGUAAUGAAAACCACAUUGGAGAUGUUUAGUAAUCAUAUGCUGUUACUGAUACUGAGACUACUAAGGAAAAGUUUUAGCACUUUAAGGAAGUGCUUUUGACAUUUUAUUAUAUAGACAGAAACUGAGAUACAGCCCCUCUGCUGGAUGUGCUAAUUUUGGAAAACUGUUCCUAUGAUGCUACACAUGCAAAUUACUGCCUGUUUCAGGAGACAUUGUAGAAAAAUGCACGUGGUGUAUUGCUGGUACUGGCCCUAGCCCCUCCUCUCCCCCAUAACUGGUGUCCACUUGCUUUUAAAAUCCACUUUAUCUUGAGCCAUAUAAGACACAUAUAUUCUAAUGUAAGUUUUAUGUAAUUUGUGGUGCCUUGCAUAAUGGUCAAAGGCUUGUGUGCUUGUGAAGGUGGAAAUAAACUAUUUUUAAAGCUA